UUCCAACCUGUGAUCUGUGCUUUAUUUACAGUAUGAUUGGUCAGAGCCAUUGCAGUAUAACUGGUUAACACCUGAAUGCUUGAACAAAGGCUAAGGAGCAGGCUUAUGGUCACCAUGGCGGCAGUGGAUCGUUUCCACCUCUUGUACAGAGAGAUCAGUCGUUCCUGCAGUUUUUACGUAGAGGCCCUGGCUAUAGUUGGAGCCUGGUAUACAAUCAGGAAGUGUAUGUCCCUUGCGAUUGACACUUACAGCAUGCUUAGGUUGCAUUUAAUUCCAAAGCUGGGCGGUGAGAUUGACCUUGUCAAGCGCUAUGGAAAAUGGGCCGUGGUCACUGGUAGCACAGAUGGUAUUGGGAAGGCAUAUGCUGAAGAGCUGGCGAAGCGUGGUGUCAACAUUAUCUUAAUCAGCCGAAACAAAGAGAAGCUGGAGGCUGUAUCUAAAAGCAUAUCUGAAACCUAUAAAGUGGAAACAGAUUUCAUAGUAGCUGACUUCAGCAAGGGUCGUGAGCCUUACCCAGCCAUUAAGGAGGCUCUGAAAGACAGAGAAAUUGGGAUUUUGGUGAAUAAUACAGGAAUGUUUUAUUCCUACCCAGACUAUUUUACCAGUCUGUCUGAGGAUAUGCUGUGGGAUAUGAUCAAUGUAAAUAUUGCUUCUGCUAACAUGAUGACACAUAUUGUGCUGCCAGGCAUGGUAGAGAAGAAGAAAGGUGCAAUUGUGAACGUUUCUUCUGCAUCAUGUUGUCAGCCAACACCAAUGUUGACGAUCUAUGGAGCUUCUAAAACCUACCUGGACUAUUUCAGUAGAGCACUACAUUAUGAGUGUGCCUCAAAAGGAAUUUUUGUUCAGAGUUUAACUCCAUUUGUCAUUUCUAAAAUGACAUCAUGCAGUGGCAUGGCAUCAAAGAGAUCUUUCUUUUUUCCUUCUGCUGAAGAGUAUGCAAGUCAUGCUGUUUCUACUCUUGGGUUAUCUACAAGGACUACUGGUUACUGGAAGCAUGCAAUAAAGUUCACGUUGGGUGAGCGCCUGCCCGAAUGGAUCUGGGCAUGGCUUGCACUGUAUAUUUUCAGAAUUACACGCAAGGAAGCUUUAACAUGCAAAGUGAAAUAGGAGUAUUCAGAUGUCCUUUGGAACGAGUGCUGCCAAAAUGUUGCAGAGUGCUG